AUGUUGACCAGAACGCUAAUGCCCGGCUCGGGGCUCGUGGCGAGCCGUCUUUUCUCAACGGCGCCCCGUGCAUUCGCCCCAGGUCUCUCAAAGAAAGCCAAAGACAAGAAGGAGGAGAGCAGAGCCCUCACCAGAAGACUCGUCAAGAGAAGAGCAGAACACAGAGCUCCAGCCUCCAAGCACCCUCUAUACAUGGACGUCCCCACCGCCAUGCGGUACUUGCGUGCCGCCGAGGUCGGCAAGGCGCCUGGCAAAACCACCGUCUCCGCCCACAUCAGUCUUGUCCCCAGCAAGUCAUCCAACCCAGUCCAGGGCAAGAUCUUUUUCCCCAAGCCUGUCAAAGACACACAGGCGCUUGUGUUUGUGAAUGACCAGAAUAAGCAGGAGGCGCUCAGGCAGCUCAGCAGCGGUAUCACCGUGGGUGGCUCGAGCCUCAUCAGCGAGAUCAAGGGCGGCAACUUUGAUUUCUCCAAAUACAACCAGUGCUACGCAGACCCUGACGUUUUGACCGAGAUCAGGCAGAUCGCAAAAAUCCUCGGACCCCGUGGCUUGAUGCCGCUGGAAAAGAGGGGCACUGUCAGCAGCAACGUGGUGGCUGUCGUGCAAGAGAAUUUCGGCGCCCACUACUUCAAGGCUGCCGGUGAGGCAAUCGCAAUCCCUGUUGGAAGAUGCGACUUUAGCGACGAAGAGAUCAUCAAAAAUGUGAAGGCAGCCUCUGAUGCGCUCCAUGAAAGUCAGGAGGGGCUUAAAGACCCUGUGGUGAUCGGCAGAUGCCACCUCUCCACGACGCUUGGGCCUGCCAUUGUGAUUGACUUUAAGAAUUGA